AUGCUUGGUCGCCUUCGUUCUGAAAUUCCACCUGCUCUGAGAUCAUUGGGCAAUGCUUUGAUGACAUCGGGGGCCAGACUGACUCAUCUGGACUUGAGCGACAAUGCCUUCGGCCCUGAUGGUGUAAAGGGAAUUGAAAGCCUUCUGAAGAGCUCUGCAUGCUACACCUUACGUGAGCUCAGGCUUAAGAAUUGUGGCAUGGGCAUUGGAGGGGGUAUGAUCCUUGCUUCUGCUUUGACUGAAUCUCACAAGCAGUCUAGAGCAGCUGGCUCCCCCCUGAGGUUAAAAGUCUUCAUAGCUGGACGUAAUCGGCUGGAGAAUGAUGGUGCUACUGCACUUGCCAAAGCAUUUAAGUUGUUAGGCAGUCUUGAGGAGGUCCAUAUGCCACAGAAUGGAAUCAACCAUCCUGGUAUCUCUGCUUUAGCCACUGCCUUAAAGCACAAUCCAAACCUUCAGCUUCUCAACCUCAACGACAACACUUUUACUAAGAGAGGAUCGAUAGCCAUGGCGGAGGCUAUUAGGCACCUCCAGUGUCUUAAAGUCAUCAAUUUUGGGGACUGCUUGGUUCGCUCAGAAGGUGCGAUUGCUUUAGCAGGGGCCCUUAGAGAGGGACUGCCAUUCCUCAGGGAGCUGAAUUUGUCAUUUGGAGAGAUCUGUGAGGCUGCAGCUGUGGUAGUUGCAAAGGCUGUUCGGGGCAAAGCUGAUCUGGAGAAACUGGACCUGAAUGGAAAUUGCUUUGGAGAGGAAGGCUGUGAGGCUCUCAAGGAAGUGAUGGAGAGCGUGAACAUGGAAGAUCUGCUGGGCUCGCUCAGUGAUGAUGAAGGAGAGCCUGAUGAUGAUGAUGAGGAGGAGGAGGAGGAAGAUGAAGAUGAAGAGGAUACAGAGGAAAAUGGUGUCAAUGGAGCAAAAUAUGUCAUUGAAGAAAAGGAGGAUCCUCACUGUGGUUCUGAGCUCACGUCCUUCCUCAUCUCCCCAUCAGCUGAGAAACUGAUCUCCCUUGGAGCCAGAAGGAUCCAGCUCAUUGAGCAGCAGGUUGACGUCUCCGAUGCUAGUAAGGUGUCAGAUGUUUUUCUCAAGAUUUCAUCAGUAUACAAAGACGAACCAGAAGUAAAGCAAGCUAUAUUUGAGAGCACUGAUGCCCUGUUGAAGAAAGUCUUUUCCAACUCCUACUCUCAAUCUUAUAGUUUUAUCUCCUCACUGAUAGUGAACCUGGGACUUUUAAAGAGUGAAGAUAAGAAGAUAAAGAAGGUAGCUGUACUGCCUGGACACUUACUUGCUUUGGAGCGUGCAGCUGCACAAGAGUUUUUCCCUGAAGAUCAGGCUGGAGUUCUGCAAGAAUUUGUGUCACGAAAUGGCAAAGUCUUAGAAUCCUGCUGCAAUGCCAGAGAUGCUCUCAAGACCACGUUGAUGAAAAGGACCACUGCUUAAUUCUUAAACCCCAUUAUAGAGCCACUGAAAUUACUUACUACGGGU